AUGGGCUGGGCUGGGGUGUGUGUAUGUGUGUGUAUAUGUGUGAGUGCUCUGGUGGCUGUGUUGAAGAUGCAGCCUGGGUGGUUGACGGGCUCCUCGGUGUCUGGGGGUCAGGAAACCCACCCCCGCCGUCCCCUCAGGAAGAGACUGAUGGAGGCUUUGGGUCUGGGCAAAUACCGCCCCUACUACGUUUCCCAUCAGCCCUUUAACGACAGUGAGGAGGAGGAGCAGUGCAUUGAAAAUGUCCUCAGGGUGCGCUCCCCCUCCCUUCCUGGCUCGCUCUGCAGAGUGAGAGAUGAACAGACUGAGGGGGGAGGGAGUGAGAGUGAUAGCGACCUACUGUUCCUCUCUCUUGCUUCAUCUUCCUCCUGCCAGCUUGUUUCCUCGUCAUCAGAAAGCGAGAACGUUUCGUGUGACAGUAAGGGCAGCUCACGCAAACGAAAGCGCAUACACACGCUCUGCAGCAGGCAUGGCCUGAGCUCACUCAGCGCCAUGGGCAACCAGGAUGCGAAGCCGAAGCGCUCGGCCCCCGUGGGAGAUGGAGAGAGCGUGGUGGAUGAGUGCAGUCACGCUGAUGCCACAAAGAAAGGACUUCACAACAAGAAAUCGCACAGCAAGCACAGCAAGGGUGGAGACGGAGGCAAGAAGAAAGGCAAGUCUGAGUCCAAAUCGGUGUUCAACAUCCGCAAGCGGAAAAACCUAGCCAAGGUUAAGGGCCUGCUCAGCAGCUCGCGUGAGGAUGCUUUAGACUCGCAGCAUGACGAGCUGGACACCAAAACACCCGAGCUGUCAGCGGACGAGCUCGGGCAAUCCGAUGCUGAGGACCAGAGACCCGUUCUGUCUGAUAAUAACAGCAGGCAGGAGACGCCGGACGCUCCGGAGAAGAAGGUUAGCUCCGGAUCGGAUACGGAUAUUUACAGCUUCCACUCUGCGGCUGAGCACGAGGACCUGCUGGCUGACAUUCAGCAUGCCAUCAGACUCCAGCAGCAGGGAAAAGAGUGGAAACAAAAUGGCAUCACUGAGGCUGAAAAUAAACAACGCUGCUACACCAAAUCGGAGCCGUUCACCAUGCUGGGGAUGCCACGCUGUCAGGAGAAUGGUCUGGAGACGCACUCUGAACUCAAGAGUGAUGCAGAUGGAACAAGAGAUGUAGAGAAGGAGAAUAAGAGAAAUGUUGAAGGGUGGGAGGAGGUGGUGAACAGCAAGAUCGGUGCUUCUGAUCCAUCCCUUUGUCCCGCUAUCGCCGUAGCAACUGGGACAAAAGAGCUGGAGGUAGCGCGUGACCCAGCCCCCUCCAUUGCCGAGGAGACCAUUGAGGAAACGGUUGGAAGGGUGGUGAGUUUACUCGCCAAGACAACCAGUGAGGUCAGCUUUCCAGACUUCACAGCUUCGUUCGAGAGUGCAGUGGAGGCCACGGAGGAGGUGGCGGAAGUUGAGAAUGUGGAUCUUCAGCUCCAAGAGGAAGACUCGAGUUCAGACACAAAACGGCCAGAGACUGGAGCUUCGUCGUCGUCGUCUCUGGACCAAGAAUGCGUCGUCUCUGAAGCUUCGAUCCCUGAGCCGACAGUAGAUGAGGAGGAGAAGGAUAACGAGGAAGUGGUGAAUGCAAGGAGGAACAGUAGUAUAUCACUACCGCAAUGGCUUCAGCAGGAAAGUCCUGUCGCCAAGCGGCACGUGAAACCCAACGUCCCAACAGCCGGCAGUCCAGCAGUCAAACCUUACCCUCCCAUCCACCCUUCAUACAUCAAAACCACCACGCGCCAACUUAGCUCACCUGUUUCUUCUCCUGUACUCUCGCCCUCCCUCAGCCCACUCUGCUCACGCCGAUCCCACGAGGCUCCGCCCACCACCAACACCAUCUCUGGCGUUCGGGCAGGACGGAGGCGCCCCAGACAACGGCAGCGCUCUUACAGCGUCACCGGACCCAUCAGUCGUUCUGCCGACUGGACCGAAGAGCUCCGUCCCCUUCCACCCAAAGCCGGGUCCGAGGACUUCCUUGAGUACAGAGGCUCGGAAGGGACGCUCCGGACAGAAGAGACGAGACGCGAAGCUGGUCGCAGGGCUUCAGCAGGACAAGCCUCCACCUGUAACUUUCAGGAUGUGUUCACAGGGCGUACUCUGUUGGAGAGGUUUUUCCAGCAGCAGGAGAAGUCAGAGUGUGAAGAAGAGGCGGAGAAGCUGUGCUCUCGAAUCCUGGCCAUGGGGCUUCUUCUGCCCUUCAGUGACUGUUUCGGAGAGCAGUAUGGAGGCAGUACGUCUCCCAUCACGCCACAGUUCAGCCAAGACCAGCUGUACACCUGGGCCCCGGUGAGUCAGCCGCCCCUGUCCCUGGAGCACUUUGAGGGGCGUUUACCGGGUCACAUCCAGUCUCUGUGGCCUCCAACUCGACCCGAAACUGACGAGAGACCAGGACUCAAGUACACUGAAGCGGAACACCAAGCUGUUGUGUGUGGGCUGAAAAAGCAGCAGGAGGAGGAAAUCCAGGAGAUUCAGGAGGAGUCCGUGCUGAACACUGUGCGCCUGAAGCAGGAGCACAUGACUGUGAUUCAGCAGUUGGAGCAGACGAUCGAGGACCUGCGCAGCAAGAUUGCGGAGCUGGAGAGGCAGCAACACCCCCUUCAGGACCAGGAUGUCGGUACACAGGAGCAGGAGUGUGGAGGGGAUGAGAGUUUCUUGCUGGAUGUGUGCCAUGUGGACCUGCAGACAGAGACCUGUGCUCUCCUUGCGUUAGAGGCCAAAUCAGUGCAGACUUCCCCUACAAACGAUAGCUUUAUAUUCAAAGUGCCUUCUUCAGAGCAGGGCAGCUCGGAGCAGCCUCUGCCUUCACUGAGUGAGCAGUCACUGGGAGUGGUGACAGAAUCUCAGCCAGCAGGGACUGGAUCUCCAAAAGCAGGACAGUUUGUGUGCACGUGUCAACAGCAACAGUGGUCUCCACCACCUCUUCCACCCCCAUUGCCAGGUUUACCUGUACUACCACCUGCUCCACCUUUACCUGGAGUGUCCCCACCACCUCCACCUCUCCCUCUGCUAUCAGAGCCCUCUAUUCCCCAGCCCCUACCUGCUACAACUUUACCUCCAGAACCCCCUCCACCUUUACCUGGCCAAACUUUAUGUCCGCCGCUGCCACCUCCUCUACCAGGGUCAGUUGUUCCACCUCUGCCUGGCCAAGCUGCAGUUCCACCUCCACCUCCCCCACUCCCUCCACCUCUGCCUGGCCAAGCUGCAAUUCCACCACCACCUCUACCAGGGCCAGUUCCACCUCCCCCACUCCCUCCACCUCUGCCUGGCCAAGCUGCAAUUCCACCACCACCCCCCCCUCCACCCUUACCUGGAGCAGGGGCUCUGCCACCACCCCCUCCACCCUUACCUGGAGCAGGGGCUCUGCCACCACCCCCUCCACCCUUACUUGGAGCAGGGGCUCCGCCACCACCCCCUCCACCCUUACCUGGAGCAGGGGCUCCGCCACCACCCCCUCCACCCUUGCCUGGAGCAGGGGCUCCUGCACCAGUACUCCCAGGUACCUGUGGCCUCCCUCUUCCCAGCAGUUUGGGAUCUCUGCCUCCUCCACUUCCUCCUGGACUGUGUGCUCUGGCUGCAGCCCAAGAGAAGUCUCCUCACAAGGGACUGGUGGAGCCACCACAUCCCAUGAAGCCCCUCUACUGGACCCGCAUACAGCUCCAUGCCAGAAAAGAAGCGAGCCUUCUGAUUUGGGAGAAGAUUGAAGAGCCCUCUGUGGAUUUUGAGGAGUUUGUAGAGCUCUUCUCCAAAACUGCAGUGAAGGAGAAGAAAAAGCCCCUCUCGGACACAAUCACCAGGUCGAAGACCAAACAGGUGGUGAAGCUGUUGAAUAACAAGCGUUCUCAGGCUGUGGGGAUUCUCAUGUCCAGCCUCCACCUCGACAUGAAGGACAUCCAACAUGCGAUUCUAAACCUGGACAACACCGUGGUGGACCUCGAGACAUUACAAGCCUUGUACGAGAAUAGGGCUCAGACAGACGAGGUGGAGAAGAUCGGCAAGCACAUCAGAUCAACCAAGGAGAAGGAGGGAGCCAAACCUUUGGACAAACCUGAACAGUUCCUGUUCCAGCUCUCCCAAAUUCCCGAGUUCUCAGGAAGGGUCUUUUGUAUUCUAUUUCAGUCCACGUUUUCUGAAUGUAUUUCCUCCAUCCUGCGCAAACUGGAGAUCCUACAGCGAGUGUGUAAGAAUCUGCAAAGUGGUUCUGGUGUGAUUCGGAUUCUGGGUCUGGUUCUGGCCUUUGGAAACUAUAUGAACGGAGGGAACCGAACCAGAGGACAAGCAGAUGGCUUCGCACUGGACAUCCUGCCGAAGCUCAAAGAUGUCAAAAGCAGCGACAACACCAGAAGUCUGCUGUCUUACAUCGUCUCGUACCACCUACGCCGCUUUGAUGAGGAUGCUGGCCGGGAGACGUGCGUGUUUCCUCUGCCCGAGCCACACGACCUGUUCCAGGCGUCUCAGAUGAAGUUUGAGGAUUUUAAUAAAGACCUGCUGAAGCUGCGAAAAGACCUGCGAGCAUGCACUGCAGAGGUGGAGAAGGUGUGUAGCGUCUCCUCUGAAGAGAACCUGCAGCCCUUCAAGGACCAAAUGGAGGAGUUUGUGAGCCGAGCUAAACAAGAACUGGAGGCCCAAGAAAGCCAGCUAAAAGAAACUCACAAAAUGUUCCUGGAGUUGACAGUGUUGUUUUCUGUGAAGCCCAAGAGUGGCGAGAAAGAGGUUUCGCCCAACACAUUCUUCUCAGUGUGGCACGAGUUCUCCACUGAUUUCAAAGACCUGUGGAAGAAAGAGAACAAGCUGAUCUUACAGGAAAGGUUAAAAGCAGCAGAGGAAUGUUUUCGGCAAGCCAAGGAAAAAGCCACGUACAGCGUCAAACCCAAGCACGCCUCUGGAAUCAAAGCGAAGCUGGGCAUGAAGAUCUAACAAACUGGACUUUUUAAUCUUAAAGCUGAAAAACCCCUUACAGAUCAGCCGCGAGGUAGAGCACAUGGACUGCAGACAUUGGAUAUUUUCUGUAUUUAAAAACUCGUACUCCUGUAUCACUCGCUCUUUCUCGCACGCACACCAACACACACACACACACACGAGUAAUGUAGCAGCCCUCAAAAUGUUCAUCAACAUGCAUACAGGAAAUGUCAUGUGAUGUCACAUCCUUUCAGAGUGUUUUGCUCCUGAGUGAAUUGCUGAGUAUGUAAAGUGAUUCGUGCCAUGUUAAGGGGAGGAGAUGAGACACGUGGUACGAGUGAUGAAAUUAAAAGGAAAUGAAGCUUGGUAAAUUGCAGUAUUUUGUCUGAACCAGUCCUGCAUUGCCAUGGAUCACCAGCAGAAUGACAACGCAAACGCUUCAUUUUGUUUAGGCCAGUUUCUCAGAUAAAAAUGAAGGCAGUCAUUUCCUUCCUCAUCAGUGUAAUGCUUAAAAAACACAAAAAAAGACACAAAAAUAACAAAAAACAAACCAAAAAAAGCUUUUCAAGUGGUUAACUGUACCGAAGCUGUACUGUAGACUUUUUUUUUUUCCUUCUUCCCCUCCCCUUCUGUCCUGGAGUUCCUUUAUCAGGAACGAUGCAGGUGUUGAUGGUAACAUGUUCUGUCAGUAUAAGUGGCUUCUCCAGAGCUCUGUAAAGGACCGCACAGGAUCCGCGAGCUCAAACGAGUGCACACACGAACGGAGAUUAUCAGGACACAGGAGGACGUUUGAAGGACGAGCGUUCACGUAAACGAGAGCGAAAUCAGCCUUAGUGAUGAUCAGGUACAUGCAUUGUUCUUCCUUCAGCAGACAUGGAGGUAUUACAAUUACAGCUGAAGCUGUGGAGCUGUGUUUAACCUGUACAGGAUCAUGGCAGAAAAAUGUUUAAUAGGGAUUAUUUUUUAAAUGGCAACGUACAAGACUUGCUUAAAAUGUAUUUAAAAAUGCCAUUAUUUUAUCUAAUAUAAAC